UGGUAAGACACAGGCACUGACAAUUCUGUGAUGAAUUAAUAUGCGUUAAAAGUUGAUAUAUCAUCACUUUAAUUUGUGUUGCAUUGAAUUCAAAUAAAGUAGCAUAUAUCUUGUGCAUGCUAAUUAAUUAAAGCACUGGAACAACAGAUACAUUUUUUUGCCGGCGUUAUUAUAGUGUCAACUAGAUUAAAUUAUUAGGACUUUCGCUGCUCAUCAUAUGCACUGGUCUUAAUCUUGGACUCAGUUGAAAGAUAAAACUUCUACUUGUUGCUAGUGUGAAGUUACUCUUACCAUGGUAUAAUCAUGUGUACAGUAAUUGUUUGUUGUAAAGCUUUUAACUAGUUUUAUUUUCAACUUAAAAAGUUGUUUAAAGGGGGACUUUGUAAAAACCUCUAGUGACCCCAGACAUCAGGAGUGACAAAAUAAGUCCAUUGGCAAUGGACUGGUGACAGGUCACAGUAGAAGAGAUAAGCAAUAACAAGAAUUUAUCUAACUUAUUUUCACACUGUAUUAUUUUUUAAAUCAGUCUAACAAAGAUCCCUUUUACUUUUAGACAAAGCAAUAAUUUUUAAUAUAGUACAGUAUAAUUUAAUAUUAAAAGGCCUAGGUCUAUAAGUAGGCAGCUUUAGUUAGGCCUAUACUUGUAUGUCUUUGUAUUGACCUUGAUUGUCUGGAGGCAUCUUGUUUUAAAAAUUCUAAUGCUUUAUUUGCAUAGCAUUUUCAUUUGACAGUUUAAAUAAUUUAAGAUUCACUCAUGAUAAUCAGAUGAACUUAAAUAAUACAUUAUUUGGAUUUUAUUUCACUUAAUUAAACUGAUUUUUUUAGAGAAAAGCUUUUUGAGUUUUUGCCUCAUUUUACAUUAUUAAAAUACCUAAGCAUGAGCCAGACUUAAUUUAAAUUCUACUUUAGUUUUAAUUUUAGGGCCUAAUUUUUAUUACUCUGCCUCUUGAUAUAUGAAUUAUAAAUUAUAGUGAUUUAUUUAUUAAAAAUUUUGUUUACAUAGACGUCUGAAAGAGAUUACACAAUGCAGGCUUUGAUGAAGGUGGGUGAUGCAGAGAAGGAGAGUAUGUAUGGAUACAUCUAUUCAGUCUCUGGACCUGGUAAGCACUUUUAUGAAUUGGCUACUCCAAACAAAAUAUUUUAGUUUUUUUACAUUUAAGUUAUUUUUGCUAAUCCCAUUGUUUAAUAAUUUUACAUUUGACCUUGAUGUUACCUUUAGGUAAUUUAUAUGGAAGAUAGUUAUUCUACAACUUUUUACAAUAUUCAUUUAACAGUCGUUACAGCCCAGCACAUGGCUGGUGCAGCUAUUAUGGAGCUUGUGCGUGUCGGUCACUCUGAACUGGUAGGAGAGAUCAUCAGGCUGGAGGGUGAUACAGCUACCAUUCAGGUCUAUGAGGAUACAUGUAUCUUUUAUUAUGUUUAUUCAUAUUAGAUCUUUGACUACAUGGACCAAGCAUCAUUUGUGAAACAUAAUCUGUAAAUGAAAAUUUUAGCGUUUGGGUAGUGCACAUUCUAUUACUGAAAUCUUUUUAAUAAUAUAGUUAUUAAUUAUACACCCCCUUUUAAUUGUAUAUACUUGAUCUGCAUUAAUUCAAAAAGAAAGUGUUAACCAUUUUUAGUUAGCCUAUACUUUUUGUUACAUUUAAUAAUAAAACACAUUAUUCUUAUGUAAGGGUAAACUUUUUUUUAAAUCUAAAAACAUAUUUUGCAUUUACUUCUCACCCAAAAAUAAUACACAGAUUUGUUUAGAAAAAUUAAAGAAAAUACAGGUGAAAAAACAUUUGGCACACAGUUUAUGUAAGUUCCCUAUUAGGUUGUCUCCAUUAUAUUGCAGUUUGCAGUGUGGUACCAGAUUGUUUUUAAAGCAGGAUUUUUUUAACUUAACCGUUUCAUAACAUAAAACUAAUUUGCUUAACUAAAACCAGCUGGUGUAACUGUUGGUGAUCCAGUAUUGAGAACCAAGAAACCUUUGUCCGUAGAGCUUGGGCCUGGUCUCAUGGGCAGUAUUUAUGAUGGUGAGUUGCUGAUUUCUUAUCAAGAUGGCAAUAAGCAGAAUUAAUUUUGUAAUGCACAAACAAGUUUAUCUUUUUUAAUUCUUUUGGUAUGAAUAAUUUGAGAUCAGGCCAUUUAAUAUUUAAAUUGUUUUUUCAGGUAUCCAGCGUCCGCUGGAGGACAUUAGUGACCUAACGCAGAGUAUCUACAUCCCUAAGGGCAUCAAUGUGCCUGCUCUUGACAGGAACAAGAGUUGGGACUUUGAGCCACUAAAUGUCAAAGUGAGUAGACUUGAGUUUUCAGUAUAUUAUUCAACUAUUCAAGUUGGACUGGGUGAUUAAAAUUUGUUAUGAAAUGUAAGCAGGGGGGAAGCAAAUAUGAUAGCAAAUAACACAAGUGAAAAUGUUAAAACCCAUAAUCAUCUGAAUGGUUUAAAAGCAAAACAUGUCUUUAAAAAGUUUUUUUUUAAAUGAGUGUAAGCAGGAAUUUAGAUUAGCUCUGCCCCGGACAAACACUUGUCAGCUAUGCUUCAAGCUCCAUCAAUAUUGAAAUGGGAGGAGAGGUGGUUGAGGGGGCACUAAGGGUUUAAAUAAAUGCGUUUUUUAUUGUCAGUAACCCAUCUUAUUAACUAGGUAAUAGAAAUGCAUGUACCAGCAAAAUAGCUUUAGAAUAGUGGGGGAAACAUAACAGGGUUCUUCUGAGCUUUGUUUUCUUUUUGGGACUUCUGCCCAUUCUUAUUCUUUUCUUAUAUAUAUAUAUAUAUAUAUAUAAUACUGAUAUACUUAUAUGAAUCUUUCUUUGUACUGAGGAAGGCAUUUUGAGAACAGUGUGAAUUACCAUUUUGCGUUAUCAUAAUUAAAGCUUAACAUGUAUUGUUUUAUUUUCACAAAUUUUUUGUGUCUCAUUAUUUUAGUGAGAUGAGUAGGGGCAACAUUGCUAUUAGAAGAGUGGGCAACAUGGCUUGUAGAAAAAUAGGACAUCAAUUUAAUCACAUUGAUUUUUUAUUUUUUUUUAAUUUAAAAGGUUCAAAAUCUAUGUAUACAUUUAUUUUUUAAUUAAUUUUAAAUACAUUUUUGAGCUCGGAGCAGUAAGAAAGAAAUUUUACUACCUCCGCUCCAGAAGUGAAGGGCUUAUGUAAAUAUCAUUUAAAUGAAUUCAGUUUUUUUAACUACACGUCUUAGAUAUUUAGGAUUUUUAUAUAUUUGUUUUAAUAAACCAUACAGAGCCUUAAAGUUUAAAUCACCUCACUGUGUAUCUUAAAUGUCAUGUUGAUAUCCCCACAGGUCGGCAGUCAUAUCAGUGGAGGUGACAUCUAUGGUAUUGUCUAUGAGAACAUUCUGGUCAAACAUAGAAUAAUGUUAAGUCCUAAAUCCAUGGGCACUGUCACGUGGAUUGCCCCUAAAGGCUCUUACACUGUUGGCGUAAGUACUUUACUUCCUACUACAGGGUACGCCAACUUAGGAAAAAAAAAAAAUUUAUUCGGAUGGGAGAAAUGAUUGAGUAGAUUGGUUACGCUUUCAUAAGAUUGAUUGCUACCAUGAUUUUGCUAAAUAAACCUGGAUUUGAUAACACUACCGUCAAUUAAAGGUAAAAAAAAUUAUUCUUAUUAAAAAGUUAUCAAUUUAAAAAAUUAAAAAAUUUAAACCACAAUUGAAAAAAAUAGGCGACUUCAACGGGCAAGUUAUUCUGUUUUGAAAUUUGGAUGUACCCUAUAACUUUUAAAAAACACCUUAUGAGAGUAAAUUUGAGAACAAUGCAAAACAUAAGUUAAGUUUAAUAAUACAAUUUCAUUGUUGUGUCUACAUAUUCAUAUACCUAAUUAUCUUCCCAGGAACCUAUUCUGGAGACUGAAUUUGAUGGUGUCAAGACAAAGCAUAGCAUGAUGCAGGUGUGGCCUGUGCGUCAGAUGAGGCCUGUGACAGACAAACUGGCAGCCAAUUACCCCCUUCUGACUGGCCAGAGAGUGUUGGAUGCCCUCUUCCCGUAAGUCUGAAUCGAUGAUUGAAUGAAAUCUGAUAUUUAUUGACACAUUGUAAAUUUCGUUAUUUUUAAAAAUAUUUUUACAUGCAUGGUAAUUUGAGCAAAGACAAGAACACAUUUUUUUUCCAUACCUAUUCAUUUAACUUAGUUUCAAAUUUCCAAGUCAUUUUUGUGAACCAGAUAUAAAGUUUGAUAUGCAGCUUACUUACUCUUCUGAGACAUUAAAUUGAGACAACCAGGGGGGCGGAUGAAGUAAUAUUAUCUUCUUUAAAACACAGCUGUGUACAAGGAGGUACCACUGCCAUUCCUGGGGCUUUUGGAUGUGGUAAGACUGUCAUCUCACAGUCCCUGUCCAAGUUCUCCAACUCUGAUAUCAUUGUCUACGUUGGUUGUGGGGAGAGAGGAAAUGAAAUGUCUGAGGUGUUGAGAGAUUUCCCUGAGGUAACUUGCAUUAGAUUUGUUUUUUUUAAAAUUUAAAUUUCAACAUUUAUUUUUCAAGUUGGUUGAUUUUGUGUGGGGAAAAAUCAUUGAAGUAUAUUCCUUUUUCUUACUUUAACCAGCACUGUUAGAAAAAAUGUUUAAAUAUUUUUUUUCUCUUGAACAGCUUACAAUGGAUGUUGAAGGUAAACAAGAAAGUAUCAUGAAGAGAACAGCUCUUGUCGCAAACACCUCCAACAUGCCUGUUGCUGCUCGAGAGGCUUCCAUCUACACUGGUUAGUUUAAACUAAGUCAUGUAUUUUUAAAAAAAAACUGCUUUGAUAUCACACUUUUACAAGAGGUACAACUGAGAAAGUCAUCAACCGCUAUUUGAGAUUGGGUUAUCCCAUCUCUAAUAAUUUGGUAGUAAAGAAAAAAAAUGUAAAAAUUUAUUUGCAAGGACUCUCUUUUAUUUUCAUGUGGUUGGUGUGUGUGUGUGUGGGGGUGGGGGGGGGGUGUUCAAGAUUGUUAAAAUGCCUUUUUAAAUUUAUCCCAGUUAAAAUGCUCAUUUUAAUUUUAAAAAAUUGUUACUUUGAUCUGUAUCUUAUAUUGAAGAGAUCUUACAUUAGUUACAGUUAACUUAAUAUUUUCCAGGUAUCACUAUAUCUGAAUACUUCAGAGAUAUGGGUCUCAAUGUAUCCAUGAUGGCUGAUUCCACAUCACGUUGGGCAGAGGCUUUGAGAGAAAUCUCUGGUCGUCUCGCUGAGAUGCCUGCCGACUCUGGCUACCCUGCCUAUCUGCCUGCUAGAUUGGCCCACUUUUAUGAGAGAGCUGGUCGAGUCAAAUGUCUGGGUAACCCCAGCAGAGAAGGAUCAGUCAGUAUUGUAGGAGCGUAAGUAUCCUUAUAAAAUCAAUAGUUUUAAUCAGAUUUUGUAUUUGAAAACAAUAUUAGGUUUUUAAUUUACUGAAAUUGGUUGCGGGGAAUCCUUAAAUAAUUUACCAAUCGAUUGUCUAAUUUAUAACAUUAAUUGGAACAAAUUAAAAUUAGUUAUUGGCAAAAUACUCAAAUUAAAAAUGGAACCGUCACCGUGGAUGUAACUUUUUUCUAAAGAUGGACCUAUCACUGUGGAUAGGACUGUCCCUGUUGAUGCCCACGUUGUCACAUACUAAUAGGACACAACAGGUAUGCAAGCACACAGCUAAAAAAUGCUUCUUUUUUUUCCUCCUUCACAGAGUAUCUCCCCCUGGUGGUGACUUCUCUGACCCUGUCACCACUGCCACACUUAAUAUUGUCCAGGUGUUUUGGGGUUUGGACAAGAAGCUUGCCCAAAGAAAACACUUCCCCUCCGUCAACUGGCUCAUCUCUUACUCCAAGUAUGACAGAGCUCUGGAUGAAUUCUACGAGAAGUCAUACCCUGACUUUGUGCCACUUAGAAGCAAGGUAAAGACCAAAAGCAAUCCUCAGUGGCAUUGUUUGGCUCUAUUAAUUGGUAUUUAAUAUGUUAUCUUAUUUGCUUCAAAGAAAUUUUUCUUCAAUGAUGUUUGAGAAUGGAUGCAAAUUUUUUUCCUCUAUUUAUUUUUAUCCAGAUGUUAAAUUAUAUUAUUUUUAUUCUUUAUAUUUUCAUUUGUAUUGCAUGAUAAUUAUUAUAUGGAUUUUUUUUUAAAAUGAAGGUUUCAUUUUGAUUAUUUUUUUAACACUAACAUAAACAAAAAUGAAAUUAAAUUUAUUUCAGUAAUUUUGUUUGAUAUUAAUCCUUAAUUUAUCUAAGAUUUUUCCUCCUAACAAAUUCUUUAAUUUAAAAAAACAACUGAUUGGACAAAAUGUAAUGUCUUUCUUUUUCAUUUCAGUGUAAAGAAAUCUUACAAGAGGAGGAAGAUCUUUCUGAAAUUGUACAGCUUGUCGGCAAGGUAACAUUUCUUGUUGAUAAUAAGUUCAUGACCAGCUGAAAGAGGUAUAGGCUUUAUGGAAUUGUAAUAGUGAUCUAGAAUCUUUGUUAAAUAAACUUUCUUAUGCCCCAUCCGAACUGGAAAGAAAUGGUUUGUAAAUUUUUUUGUUCUCUUGUUGACCUACAGGGUUCACUAGCAGAGUCUGAUAAAAUCACCCUAGAGGUGGCCAAAUUGAUCAAGGAUGACUUCCUGCAACAGAAUGGUUACACUCCUUACGACAGGUGACUUUUGCAUUAAUCUUUAAAAUUUGAGACAUUUUUAUGUCUUGUUAUCCCUUACUUCAGGAUCUUUAGUCAGUGGAUAAUGGUGUAAAGGGCACAAAUAGGGGCAACUUCUGGGGCACUUAAAAGCUAUGGGGAAACAUCAAAUAUUUUGUUUCAAGUUUGCUGUAUCUAACAUGAAAUAGUCUUUAAAAAAAAAAAAACUACUUUGUAUAGCUUUUCAUGUGCUUAUUACCAGUAUCUUAUGUCAGUGUUGUGCAGUUUGUAAAGUUCCCCAAGUGCUCUCUAUUUUGGUGAUGGCACACCUAUCUUUACUGUGCCUUUAAAUUGGAAAUACAAUUCAAUAAACUUACUAUUUAAUCUGUUUAUAGGAAACCUCUUUAAAGUUCCUUUAGAUUGAAAUUACAAUUCAAUAAACUUAACUAUUCAACUUGACCAGAUUCUGCCCAUUCUACAAGACCAAUGGAAUGUUGAAGAACAUUAUUUCUUUCUAUGAAAUGGCUCGCCAUGCGGUUGAGACAACAGCCCAGAGUGACAAUAAGGUCACCUACGCUAUCAUCAGGGAACAGAUGGGUGGGAUCAUGUACAAGCUUAGCAACAUGAAGUUCAAGGUCAGUACAUUAAAUAUAAAAGUGGUGGUGGGUGUAACCUUCAUAAUCAGUUUUAGUGGUUUUUCUAUUAAUCUUUUGAUAUAAAUCUACUUGUCUAAAUAUAUCAAUAAAAAAUUGAAGUUGUAAUUUUAGGGAAGUUUGAAAAAGGUUUAAUAUAGUUGCACACUUAUACUUUAAAUCCAUGUAGCGCAUACAGUAUUACAGGUUUACAUCUAUCCACAUGACUUUUCCCUCUUCUAUGGUGAAAAAUAAGGUUAUAAAACAGUAGUACACGCAAUAACUUUUUCUAGACAGAUGAUAUUUAGCAUAAUUUACAGAUGAAUUAUCUAAAAUUACAUCCAAAUGGCUCUCAAAUUUUAUCAUUUCUGUCAAUUUUUUAAACAAAAAUACUAUUGAUCGGUAUUUAAAAUAUUCAGAAUUUAAUGGAGCAAGCAACUUCCAUUGACAAGUUGUGAUUUUAACAUGUGGGCAGCUAACGGAAAAUUAUUCAUAAUUUUUCUUGUGCUUAUGUUGUAUAGAUGCCAAUCAGCAUCGAGUGGAUUUAAAGGUUAAAAGGUGUUGAGGUUGAUCAGUGUUGUGUGGAUGUAGAGUGCUUAGGCUUACCCAAUAAAUUAUGUAUUUGCACAUUUUAUUUUGCAGUGCCAUGAAUGGAACUAUGUCCUUUAGUUAAAACAUUCACUAUAACUAUAAUGAAAGUCUCACGAAAGAGCUUAAGUAACAUAUUGUCAGAGGUCUAUUUACCCGGGGACAUAUGUUAAAUUGUAAAUAUUUUGAUUGAUCAAUUCAGAGUUGGGAAGUAUAAAUCUCACCGCCAAUACUUGAUGGUUCAUACCUAAUUUGCACCUGCCUUACUGUCACAUGACUUCUAAAUGUUUUUAAGGGCUCUUGUGCUUUUUAAGCUUUUAAAUAGCAAUCACUUAACUUAACAAAGAGAAAAAGCAUUUUUGUAAGAUAGCUUAAACUAUUAUAAUAAUUAUUCCUGGUUGUUGGCCCUGCUCAGGAAAGAUAAUAUAGUUUAACCCCUUUUAAAAGUUUUUAUGGCUAAACUCCCUCCAUUAAAUAAAGCUUUUGCUGUAAAAAAGAAUAAGGCGUUAGUUCAAUUUUUGACACAAUUUAUCCUUUAUUAUUUUGCACGGUACUAUAAGCUUUGCCCUAUUGUAAUAACAGUUCCCAAAUGGAACUUUGUGGAUUUAUGGAAGGCCACCUGGAAUCAUUAUUAUAGAUUAUGCACUUCUUCCUGCAUUUUACAUGCGAAAUGUGGUUGCAUUGUCCCAAAUAGUAUUAGUGUAUGUGCAUGAGAGUUUAAAAUCACUUGGCUGUAAAACUCAAAACAGUAAUUUUUAAAUUUUUUUUAUUUGCUGGCUUAGUUUGUUCUAUAAAUAUGCCUUGACUUUUCUAAAUUGUUUCUCUCUGGGUAGGAUCCUUACAAGGACGGUGAAGCCAAAAUCCAAAAGGAGUAUGAUGAGCUCCACGAGGAGAUGCAGCAAGCUUUCAGCAAUCUAGAACUAUAAACAGAUCUAGCAUCAUCCCCCGCCUGUGGUCGCCUGGUUCUAUUUCUAGAUGUCCUUAUUAGUCUAGCUGUUAAUAAAUGUUUCCAAGAAGACAGAAAAAAAAACAAAGGAAAAUAAUACAAAUGUGAAUCAUUCUAUGAAAUUUGAUGUAAUUUUUUUUUUUAAAUUGAAAUUCAAUGUUUCUGAACGUGUAGAGAGAGAGUUUUGUUUUCAUCAUUUAUAAAAAGCAUUAAUUGUCAAUGAUUUAUUUUUACCUAAAAGAAACUUAAAAUAAAAGGUUUGGAAACCUGUAAAUCAAAUUUCUGAAUUUAACCCCCCCAAAAAAAUGUAAUUCUCCCCUUUUGUUACAGUUAGUGCACAAUUAAAUUUAAAAAUGCUGUGGUUGUUUUUAACAAAACAUCUAAAAAUACAAAACAAUAAACUGUGAUUUUUCUCACUUUUUCUUUUUCUUUCUCCAUUAACAUUUUGUUGAGACAGGGUCUCAUCAUCACCCUGUCUCAUCUUCUCAUUUAUUCCUUUGGCAUCACAAUUGACAUGUGUAAAUAUUUAUAGUCUGAGUAUCUAGAUGCUGUCAUUUAUCAAAUCUAAUUAUUGUAUGGAGAAUGUAUGUUACUAUUACAUAAACAGUAAUCAUGUAUUUAUUGGAGCGCUUUUUUUAAAAAUUGUAAAAUGUUGUAUGUAACUUAAUUAUUGAUCAUCCUUUCACUGUGUGUAUGUGGACUGAGGCUCUUUCAAAACAAGGGUAAAAUAAACUCACGAAACCUGGAACAUACUUUUUUCUCCCCAAAAAAUGUUAAACCAUGACAAUGAAAUGUUUGUGCGUCUCAAAGCUGACCCUUAUUCCGUGUUUAACACAGGGAUGCUUAGGUAUGUGUAAACAAACAACUUUUCCUUUAUUCAAAUAAAUAAAAUUGUGUUGGGUUUUUUAAAUCACCUUGGUUUUUUUGGGUGUUUUUUUAUUUAACAAAUUUAAUUAAAGGAAUUUCUAAAAAUUGUUUCAGUGACUUUAAUUUGGUAAAGAAAUAUCUAUUUUUAAAAAUAUAAUUAAGAAGCUUUUACUCGAUCAAGUUGUGGCGAUCAAUUGGAGGUCAGACUGCCACCAGUUGUCUUAGCUUGAAUCCCCAGCUUAUGUAUGACCUGUAAUUGUUAACUAUAUUACUGUUAAAAUAUUAGUCCAGAUUUUUUUCACUUGUUUCUUCCUAACUUGAGUGUGUGUGUGUGUGUGUAUCUGACUGAGAACUAAGCUUUAGUGUUUGAAAAUCAUAUAGACUUUGGCUCAGCUAAACAUUUAAUGUAGUAAAACUUGUGUUUUGAGAGUUUAAGUAGAUGACCUCACAUGGUUCACCUGUAUGCACAUGAGGUUGUCAAUUUUUUUUAUGUGAUGAGUGACAUUCCACAUUUACUGUGCAUUUUAUUGUUAUUUUAAAAAAAAUAUAUUACAAUGCUCAUUUCAUAGCAACUGGAAUAUUAAUAUUAAAUGAAUUUAUAAAUUGAUAGGGAAACAAAAAAGACGUCUAGUAUUAAUAAAAAGAAAUAGCUUGUAAAACAUUUAGAAGUUAUUAUUUUUUUUAUCGCCAUGUGAUGUGAUAUAAUGUAGUUUUUGAGUAACAGUAAUGAUGUGAGAAAGUUAAAUAUUUUGGCAAACCUUGAGCAUAGAGCUCAAGAGAGGUAUAAGUGUAGAUAUAAAUGAAAUUUUUAAAAAGAUAUAAUUUACUUUGUUGGCAUACAUGGUCAGUAAGGAUGGAUUUUUGUGUGACACUCUGGGAGUAAAUGGCCAGCAUAAAAUGUAAUGUCUGUUACAAUGUGUAAGUUUGUUGCAGGAAUUCAUGUGGUAGUGUGUGUAGCUAUCCUUAAUGUAAAACUGUAAACUGGAGAUAGUAGAGAAAGUUAAUGGCGGCAAACAAAAAAGGUCCAUUGCUUAGUUAUUGCUUUGGUAUCUUUUUAUGUCAAUAAAAAAAAAUAUGUUCAAAAAGCAGAUGGUCUGUU